UCGACACCACGACACAUGCUUUUCCAGGAUUGUUUUUGAGAACCUCCCUGUCCACCUGUGAUUGCUGCUAAGGAGCUGCAUUCCCGUACCCCGGGAAUAUCAUGUGGUUAAUAUAUGUCCGUCGUCGGAAGCAACGGGAAGGAUGAACAUCCCCGCAACCCCGCUUUCCCGUGGCGGAGUCCCUGGCAUUCGUGCUCCGCCCCACGGUAUGCCGACAAUAAGGAGAAGCCGAGAGUCCGUCACAGUUGGUGGGGUUCGGUAUAAAUAACGUGGUUUCGUCCCGGCAGAUCCCGUGGGCACAAUUGCACGUUACCUUCUCAUCCAGGCAUUGCAGACCAGAGAGACAUAGAAACCAUGGCGGGAGAAGACAAGGUCCAUUUCUUCGACAUCACCAGCAUCAAUGAGGGACCCCUCAAGGCGUGGUCUCCCAACACCUUCCGCACCCGCCUCGUCCUCAACUUCAAGCGCAUCCCCUACACUCAAUCCUUCCUCUCCUACCCUGAUAUCGCCCCAACUCUCCAAUCCCUCUCCGUUCCCCCAGUCACCAAGCAAUACGUCCCCUACGCCCUCCCCGCCAUAAUCCACAAGCCUUCCCUCUCCGCCAAAAACCCCACCCACUUUGCCAUCAGCGACAGCCUCCAGAUAGCCCUACACCUCGAAUCCGCCUUCCCAGCACCCGAGUACCCCUCCCUCUUCCCGACCCCGGCAAGCUACCCGCUCGCUAUGGCUGUCCUCAAGCUCAUGACCGAAAUCAUGGCCAAACAGUCCCCUAUCGGCCUCCCUAAGGUCCCCGCCUACCUCGACCCUCGCGGCCAAGAAUACUUCAACCGCACCCGCGCGCAGCUCUUCGGCAAGCCGCUCCCUGAAUUAGCCGCCAGGGGUGACGAGCUCGAACGUGUAUGGGAGGCUGUCACGGAGAUCCUGUCCACGCUCGGGACCAUGCUGCGCGGCGAGCCGGGGAAGCAGAAGACCGGUCCGUUCUUCGAGGGUGAUAAGGCCGGAUAUGCGGACUUGUUGGUUGCGGCGUUUAUGGUGUGGUAUUCAAGGAACGAUAGAAAUGAUUGGGAGAGGAUUAUGAGCGUGGGCGAAGGAGAGUUUCAGAGGUUAUGGGAUGCGUGCUUGCCUUGGUUAGACGGUCAGGGAGAGGAGAUUGAGUGGGAGGUUCCAAAGGCCUAGACUUGGCCUUGCCUAGAAUAUUUAGGAUGAAAAGAGUUGCGGCACGACAGAUAUCAUCGCAGGAUGAUAAUGAAAUGAUAUCCAUGGAACAAUGGCAAGUUUUUUUUUUUCGCUUCUCUCGAGGGAUAGUAUUAAGUAACAUAGACAUAGGUAUUGUGCCUGCCUGCCAUAGCACCUAAAUUAUGCAAUGUAAUUAGUUAAGCCAA